AUGUUCGAUCUGCGGAGCGUCAAAGAUCGUGUCAAGUCGGACGCCAACAUCCUGCACGUUUGUCAUUUGGGCAGCAAGGCAGUGCGGUCGACUCCUGCCUUCACUGCGCGCUACCUCGUUGACAAAGUUCCCAUCAUCCAAUGGCUACCGCAAUACAAUCCAAGAUGGAUAGUGAACGACCUUAUCGCCGGCAUCACAAUUGGAGUGCUGCUUGUUCCUCAAAGUCUAGCAUACGCGAAAGUUGCCAAUAUUCCGGAGCAAUAUGGUCUCAUCUCUAGUUGGAUACCCACCGCGCUUUAUACGAUCAUGGGGACAUCCAAAGACUUGACCGCAGGUCCGACAGUUAUAAUGGCCCUACUCACGGGUGACAUCGUGAACGACUUGGUGAAAGAAGGCUAUAGCGAUCACUCAAUCGCAACCGCCGUGGCUUUUUUCGUCGGUGUAUAUUCGAUGGGAGUUGGUAUGCUCAGACUCGGAUGGAUCCUCGACUUCAUACCACUUCCGGUGCUUACAGGAUAUGUUUCCGCCGCGGCGUUGACUAUCGUCAUUGGCCAGGUUCCGACCUUGUUUGGCGAGACAAUCUCAAGCUCUGACACUGGACCGAUCAUCCGCGAAUUCUUCCUCAAGUUGCCUGAGACGCAGUGGCAGUCGUUCCUCGUCGGGUGGUCUGGCGUCCUGCUGCUUUUUCUCUGCCAGUAUUUGGGUCGCAAGUGGGGACAGCGCCACAGAAUCAUCUGGUUUCUGUCCAUCACUAGAAACGCCAUUGCUUUACUGCUCUUCACUGGAAUUAGCUAUGCUGUCAAUCACGGUCGCGCGAGCCCGGUGUUCCCGAUCGCGAAGACGGUCGGAACUGGCAUUAAAGCACCGUCCGUGCCCGAUAUGGCUCUGCUAGCCAGAGUGACGGGCAAAGCGGUAGCUGUGUGGCUUGCAGCGGCUCUUGAACAUGUCGCGAUUGGCAAAGCCUUUGGUCGCAGACAUAAAUAUGCCAUCGAUCAGAGCCAAGAAUUGACCUAUAUUGGAGUAGCUAACUUCCUCGGAAGCUUUUUCUCGGCGAUGCCUAUCACCGGCGGGUUUUCUCGCACGGCAGUCAACUCAGAAUCGGGCGUCAAGAGUCCGCUUGGAGGCCUCGUCACCACAGCCUGCGUGUUGGUUAGUAUAUACACACUGACGGGUGCCUUUUACUGGAUUCCGAAGGCCACACUGUCAGCAGUGAUAGUCACUGCAGUCUGGCCUAUCAUCAUCGGCCCUGCAACGUUCUGGAAGUAUUGGAAGAUCUCGUUCAUCGACUUCGUCGCCAGUCAGCUCUCGUUCUGGGUCACAUUGUUCGUUUCGGUGGAGGUCGGAAUCGCGACUGGCGUCGCUUUCAGUAUCGUUUACGUCCUUUUGCGGAUCACGUUCAGUCAAGCAACAUUGGUGACUUCUGCAAACAUCCCGUCCUUGUAUCCUGAAGGUGCCCGAGGAACUGCGACCACGAUACCAGAAGAUACGCUGAUCUUUCGUCUCAAUGACGCUGUCUUGUUCCCUAAUGCUUAUCGUCUCAAGUCGCAGAUUGUCGACACUGUCACUGCUCUCCAUGCUCCAGACUUGGGAGAGAUGGAAGCCUCCAUCCACGAGCGACUAUGGAACGAAAGCCGGAAGCAAAAUCCAAUUAGCUCUACAGAGAGUCGUGCGCCUUUGAGAGUGCUCGUUCUUGAUGUCUCUGGUCUGAAUUACAUUGAUUCCACGGGCAUGCAGAUGCUGCUGGACUUGAAGGCAGCUUUGCUUGAAUUUGCCGGCAGUGGCUUAUUGAUCGAAUUCGUGGGGGUUCAUGAUGGCAUUAGACAAAAGUUCGAUCGCGCGAAUUGGCAACUACAGACUCGAGAAUUGCAAUAA